GCUUCUCCAUUGGCUUAGAGCAGCAUCUUCUAUUCCUCAGCACCACAAGAACGCUACCACCAUCGUCAUAACAUAGAAAGAAAAUCAAAUGUCCCACCUUUCCCCUCGUAAGUUCUUCAACAGAAGAAGAACUGACGCACCCAAUCAACCAACCUGGGACCCAUACCAAGCCCAGCAACACCACACCAUGGGCCUCACACAGGCCAACCCACCGCCACCGUUCAUGGCUUUUCCCGCCGAGCCCUCACCGAUCCUCAAUUCCCACAUAGAGUUCAAGGAGACUCCGGAGGCGCACGUGUACAAGGCGCACCUUCCUGGGUACAAGCGCAACGAUGUGCGUGUGGAGGUGGACGACGACAGGGUUCUCUGCAUCGUUUGCGGUAAGAGCGUGGAGAAGGAGGAGCAGCGAGAAGGCUGGCACUGCGUAGAACUCUCCAGCGGCCACUUCAUCCAGCGCCUCACUCUCCCCGAAAACUCUCUCGUCGACCACGUCAAAGCCUUCAUGGAAAACGGGAUUCUCACCAUUACUGUUCCUAAACACAACAAACCCUCUCACAGUCGCGUCAGAAACAUCAACAUUUCUUCUCGUCCCUAAAUGUUUGUGACACCUAAGUUUAAGAAUUGAAACUCAACCGUUAUCAUUGUACGAGAAACAUGGCGGUUGUCUAGAUAAUAACUAAAGUUGUGUGCUUGAGUCUAUGCUUUUUGCGUGCUUUCAACUACAUAUGUUACGUCUAUUGGGUCAAUAAUUAGUUUGGGGGAUUCAUUACCUUCCAAACAAACACUUACCAUAUGGAACUCGAUCGCAGAGAAAAAAAGUAAUUAUUACACGAUGCUUUGGUGUA